GUCUAAACUAAACUGAUAAUUUCAUACUUCAGUGGCUUCCGUAUUUUUGGAAAAUUGACCUUUAGAUCACUGCCUUGAUUAACAGCCACCCGGCUCUUUGCGGUAUUUAUUCGCCUGUCAAAGAAACUAAAUAUACGGCAUUGCACUGUUUGUAAAGGUAUUGAUCGUGAUAAUUGGCAACUCAUCAUUCGAUAAAAUGGAGGGAAAAUUGACGGAAAAAUAUAUGGACCAACUCGAGCAAUGGAUAGGUACAGGGCCCAAGACAUUUACACUCCUCUAUGCCAUAACACGUGACGGAUGUGACCCUGCGACAUUCAAUCAAAUAUGUGAUAACAAGGGUGCCACCGUCACAGUUUUGUAUAACCAACAUGGGUCAGUUUAUGGUGGUUAUACUAGUGUCAGUUGGACGUCAAAAACUGGAGUUCGUGUUAAAGAUGAUAAAGCGUUUUUGUACCAGCUCAGGUAUAGUGGAAGUGACAAUAUAAAUAAAUUUCAAGUAAAAACUCCGGAUCAUGCCGUUGUUCAUAAUAAUCAAUGGGGGCCAUUAUUUGGAUAUAGUAAUGAGUUGUUCACAUUUAAUGGUAGAAUAAACAGAUCUGGAAACAUCUUUCCAUUAAAUGGAGGUAUGAAUAAUUUCGGAAAUACAUACAACAACCAGGGAAUGACAGCUGACCAGAUAAAUAACGGUACAAUGGAAGUGACUGAACUUGAAGUUUACAUGGUAACAGAUGGUCAACGUAUAAAGAAAACAGAGAAGAAAAGUUCACCUUGGCGAAAAAUUAAGGACUGGAACGAAAAGUUUCAUGAUGACCUUAAAGAAGAGAUGGUAAACUUUAAACCUAUCCAAGGUUCGAAUGUAAGCGAUGCUCGAAUCUUGAUGUUAGGGCCGGUUGGUGCUGGAAAGUCCAGCUUCUUCAACACUAUAGAUUCAAUUUACCGCGGGCGAAUCACACAGCGAGCUGGCAGCGGAAGUUCAGAGCACAGUCUCACCACUGCAUUUGUUCCGUAUUCUAUCGAAAUUUGUUCUGGGGCUACCUUGAACUUCCGGUUGUGUGAUACACGUGGUCUAGAAGAAUCCAUGGGUAUUGAUGUACUGGAGUGUAACUAUCUACUUGAUGGAAACAUACCGUACUAUUACGAGUUUAACCCCACGAGACCAAUUACUCCAGAAUCGCAUGGGUUCAAAUCUGACCCUACUGGGAAUGACAAAGUUCAUUGUGCAGUGAUUGUAGUUGACUCUACAACAUUAGAGGUGCUGUCAACAAAAAUUGUUGAGAAAAUGAAAGGCCUUCGUGGACUUAUGAAUCAAAAAGGAAUACCUCAACUUAUUCUCCUGACAAAGGUGGAUAAACUCUGUGAUGACGUUCAGAAGGACCUGUCUCAGGUUUUCUACAGUUCAAAAGUGGAACAAGCCGUAGAUAAAGCGUCACAACUUCUCGGUCUACCACGUGCUAACAUACUUCCGGUGAAGAAUUACGAAAACGAGGCUGAGCUUGACGACCACAUUGAUAUACUUGCUCUGUUGGCUCUGCGUAAAAUGCUUCAUUGUUCUGAAGAUUUCAUGCUGAACAUGAAACACAGGGAGAAAGAUGUGCAAGGGGAAAUGGGAAAACUGAAACUUGAAAAGUGAUUUUGAAUGCUAACAU